AUGCUCCAACUCAUUUCUGCUCUCCUCUUUGUUAAUGCUUCUGUACAACUAUCAGACUACUCACAAGCUGUCUUAAAGCCUGUUGAAUCUGCAGAUGCCGUCUUCAAGCGGCAAGCUGCUCAACCAUACAAUAAUGACUACACUGGACCCAUUUGGACGUCGCCUCCAAAAUAUCCAUCCCCAUGGGGUGCUGGUACGGGAGAUUGGGCUGCCGCGUACGAAAAGGCUCGCGCCUUCGUCAGCGGCUUGACUUUAAUGGAGAAAGUCAACCUCACAACCGGUGUUGGCUGGGAAUCUGAUCGAUGUGUGGGAAAUUCUGGCUCCAUUCCUCGUCUGGGCUUCGAGCCCCUUUGCUUGCAGGAUGGCCCACUGGGCAUUCGUUUCGCCGAUUAUGUCUCUGCUUUCCCCGCUGGCCUGAAUGUGGCUGCUACGUGGAGCCGUGACCUUGCGAGAGCUCGAGGGGAAGCCAUGGGAGCUGAGAACAGAGGCAAAGGUGUCGAUGUGCAACUCGGUCCCGUCUGUGGCCCACUCGGCCGUGCUCCUGAAGGUGGCCGAAACUGGGAGGGUUUUAGUCCCGAUCCGUAUCUCACCGGAGCUUUGAUCGCUCCCACUAUCCAAGGCAUCCAAAGCCAAGGGGUUAUGGCAUGUACAAAGCACUUCAUUGGAAAUGAACAGGAACACUUCCGCCAGGUCGGGGAAUCUAUUGGCUACGGAUACAACAUCACCGCCACCCUCAGCUCCAAUAUUGAUGACAAGACCAUCCACGAACUCUACCUUUGGCCUUUCGCCGAUGCCGUUCGAGCGGGUACAGCUUCAGUCAUGUGCUCUUAUCAGCAGGUGAACAACUCUUACGCCUGUGCCAACUCUUACACAAUGAAUCAUCUUCUCAAGGGCGAGCUCGGAUUCCAAGGCUUCGUCAUGUCAGACUGGCAAGCUCAACACUCUGGAGUUGGUACAGCCUUGGCUGGACUCGACAUGUCUAUGCCUGGUGACACACUGUUCAACACCGGAUAUACCUACUGGGGCACCAAUCUCACUAUUGCUGUAAUUAAUGGCACCAUUCCUGAAUGGCGACUGGAUGACAUGGCCACGAGAAUCAUGGCGGGGUACUACUACGUUGGUCGUGACACUGCCAGAGUUCCGACCAACUUCUACGCAUGGAGCCAGAAUACGUACGGACACGCUUCUGCCGCAGAUCCUAAUUCCCCUUUGGUCAUCGUCAACGAACACCUGAAUGUCCAGGACGAGCAUCGCAAUAUCAUCAGACAAGUUGGUCAGGCCUCAACUGUCCUUUUGAAGAACAACGGUGGCCUUCCACUCACGGGCCAAGAGAGACAAGUCGCGGUCGUUGGCUAUGAUGCUUGUAGCAACCCUUGGGGGCCCAAUGGGUGUCCAAAUCGGCAAUGCAACAAUGGAACAUUGGCUAUGGGUUACGGCAGCGGUACUUGCGAAUUCCCAUAUUUGGUGACACCAGAACAAGCUAUCCAGCAGUAUAUUCUUACGAAUACGGAUUCGGAGGUGUCGACUAUUUGCGACAACUACGCAGACUCUCAGAUGCAGACCCUAGUGACGCAAUCAGAUGUUGCCAUUGUUUUUGCGAACGCCCAAUCUGGUGAAGGAUUCAUAACCAUUGACGGCAAUACCGGCGAUCGCAACAAUUUGUCCCUCUGGGAAGGUGCGGACCGAUUGAUCAACAAUGUGACCAAGUAUAGCAACAACACUAUUGUAGUCAUGCACACUGUGGGCGCUGUCAAUGUUUCUGCAUGGUACGACAACCCGAACGUCACGGCUAUCCUAUGGGCGGGCUUGCCCGGUCAGGAAAGUGGUAAUGCUCUGGUAGACAUCCUCUAUGGUCUCGUCAAUCCCGGUGGGAAACUGCCCUUCAGCAUUGCGCGGAACCGGGAAGACUAUGGCACGGAUGUUCUCUAUGAACCCAACAAUGGACAGUUUGAUGCCCCACAAGUCCUUUUCUCCGAGGGCGUGUUCAUCGACUAUCGGCACCUCGAUGCGGCUGGCAUCGAGCCUAUCUAUGAGUUUGGGUUCGGCCUCAGCUACACCACUUUUGAAUAUUCCAACUUGGUGAUCACUCCCGGAAACCCAGCACCAUAUAUUCCCGCCGGUGGAUUGACAGGACCAGCCCCAGUUCUGGGUAACUCGUCCACGGAUCCGUCACUGUACCUCUUCCCCAAUGCCAGCAUUCCUUAUCGUUACUACGAGUUCAUCUACCCGUACCUCAACACGACCGACCUCGAAGCCGCGUCCGCCGAUCCUGAUUAUGGCCUGCCAACGGAUCAGUAUGUUCCGGCUGGUGCCACCGAUGGUUCACCGCAGCCUGUCCAGCCUGCUGGAGGGGGGGUUGGUGGCAACCCUCUCCUCUAUGAAGUUGUCGCGACGGUGACCGCAACAAUUACCAACACAGGAAAUGUUGUUGGUGAUGAGGUCGUGCAAUUAUAUGUUUGGCUCGGGGAAGGAGAACCACCAAAAGUUCUUCGUGGGUUUGAUCGCCUGACAAUUGCACCUGGCGAGUCAGCGACGUUUACUGCCGAGCUCACUCGCCGUGAUGUAUCGGUCUGGGAUACCACUAUUCAGAACUGGGUAGAGGUCAGCAACCCAACCAUUUAUGUCGGCGCUUCGAGCAGAAAUCUCCCGCUAUCGGGUACCCUUGCAAACGGCGGUUCCCCACCUUCUGGUCCCAGUGGAGGAAGUUUCACGCUUCCAGUUGGCCCAUCUUCUAGCUAUGGCACUCCUACAUACUCCUGGAGCUCAGGAUAUGGACAUCCCACAGGCCCGCCGGUUUCUCAAAUCUCCGACGGACAACCCGAAGUCAUUAGUCAGAUUUCGGACGGCCAGCCUCAAUGGGGUGCACCCGUUACGCAAAUCUCGGACGGCCAACCUCAAGCCACGACGGCAUGA